AUGAACUCGCAGCCAGAUGAAGGUGUUCUGGGCAAGGAGGGGUCCAGCGGGCAGCUUUGUGCAGACUGCCAAGAAUGCCUUGACCUCCAUGUGGCAUGCGAGCGCGACCAUACGGUGUGCGUGCGGAAGCUGCUUGCCUACGGUGUUGACAAGGAAACGAGAGAUGACAAAUGCGGGACCCCGCUGAUGACGGCGGCCAAGUGUGGCAGCACAGGGUGCUUCCGGGAGCUCCUGGCGGCGGGCGCCGACAAGGAGGCCAAGGACACCAACGGCCGGACGCCGCUGAUGUUGGCGGCAUCAAAGGGCCACGCGGAGGUCGUCGGAGCGCUCCUGGCGGCAGGGGCUGAGAAGGAGGCCAAGAACAACAACGGCCGGACGCCGCUGAUGUUGGCAGCACACUUCGCCAACACCAAUCUCGUCGGAGCGCUCCUGGCGGCUGGGGCUGAGAAGGAGGCCAAGGACGAGGACGGCCGGACGCCGCUGAUUUUCGCGGCAGAAAGAGGCCACGCGGAGGCUGUCGGAGCGCUCCUGGCCGCGGGGGCUGAGAAGGAGGCCAAGGACAAGGACGGCAGAACCCCGCUGAUGUUCGCGGCAUACAGCGGCCACGCGGAGGUCGUCGGAGCGCUCCUGGCGGCGGGGGCGGAGAAGGCGCGGCUGGGGGCUUCCCGUUAG